AUGACACCCAUCCGAAUCCAGGAUCUAGCUCUGGAGCUUGUCCAGGAGAUUGUACUCUACGUCAGCCAGGAUUGGGACAAAUCGUUUUCCAGAGAAGAGCUUGGCCGGCUGAGGCUAGUAUCGCGGCCUUUCAAAGCUGUGGUCGAUCCACUACUCUUCUCUGAGGUCAGAUUCGACUUUAUUAGGCGCCCGGUGGUCGGGGUUCUUCAACAACUCAACGAUUUGGCAUUCCAUAUGACCUCGGUCAACCGACAUAUCAAAACCCUCAAGAUUGAGUCAACAGAGAUACACUUAUCCGGGCCCAUUGCACAUGGCAAAUACGGUUUUUUGUUGAUGAAUGCCCUGAAAUCUUUGGUCAAUGUUCGCUCUAUCUACUGGACGUUGGACCGAUUUGAGGGAAUAUACACCGUAUUGGACGGCAUUGUGGACUUACCUCUCCUUGAAGAUAUACGCUUCGAGUUUUCAACACUUCCUCUAUUAUGGCAAACAACUGACAUGAUAAACCUCCGACGAUUUGCUCACCUUAACUCGGUGGGCUUCCGAUGUCGCAAUGCUUCCGCCCCAUUGGCAGCAAGCUUCAUACAGCAGCUACGCCUAAUCAGUUCGUAUAAACAAACACUACAAAGUUUGGAAAUAGAUUUCUCCGACGUGGUUGAAGGAAACCUUCUUGGAUCAGACGAAGUCUACCCAAAACAUUCCAUUCUCCACGAAUUAGUCAGGAGCAUUCCCCAGGGUACUACCCUGAGGCUAAAACAUCUGCGGGUGUCCGGUUGGAAUUUUUUACUGGACUCAAGCACUGUACCACACCUACGCUGCCUUUCCUCUCUUAAUAUCGCUUCAAUGGAGGAUACUAGCUCUGAUCAUCAGAUGCAUAUUUGGCACGGGAUGAUUAAAGCCGGCAUUCAACUUCAAAAGAUUAUCACGGCAGCGAUCAGUAAACCAUUAAUUCGCUACCUUGCCUCUUACACGGGGCUCGUUGAACUGAAAUUUGCGUAUCGCAUGACCAAUUUUGAAUUCACCGACGACUCAGAUUCGUCGGACGCCCUCACUGCCGAGUUGUGUCACUCUGCUCUCCCUGUUCACAAAAAGACUUUGAAAAUAUUCGAGAUGCUCGAUAGAUCCGACAAGAGUCGCUGCAUUACUCUUGACACCAUUUCUGCCAUUCGAACGUACGAGCGACUGGAAUCUCUCACAAUUACUGUUAGGGUCGAAGAGCUUGAUUAUCCGGAAAACAUAAAACAAAUCAUCAUUAUGGCCCUCGAGAUUCCGCAUCUAAGGAUUCUAGACAUAGACUACUCUCGACCGCGUGUGAUCGGACAUCGAUGUCAAUGUGGCAACGCACGCAGAAUAAGACAAACAAACGACAAGUUUGAGGCCAUUAUCACAUCUAUCGACGUGCUAAGGCAGUUCACUCGAAGCUUGGGAUCAACUCAGAUCAUUUUUAAUCGUAAGCGUUAUAUCGCAAAGGUUGUCGAGAACGGUAGGGUACAAUUUCAACCGGAAAGCCGGUUGGCGCGCUCUGGGAAGUGGGUGAGUAUCGAGGAAUAG